AUGUCUUCCGCUGAAGCUGUUCCCGAGGUCGUAGAUGCCGCCACUGUCAACGACACCCCCGCCGUCAACGGAGAUGCUGCCAUCCCUGCUCCUCAGGUUACGGACGCCGCGGCCACUAGUGCGGAUGAGGGCCGUCGCCUCUACAUUGGCAACCUGGCCUAUGCUACCACCGAGGAGGAACUGAAGGAGUUCUUCAAGACCUACACCAUCGAGAGCACCUCGAUCCCCGUCAACCCCCGCACCAACCGUCCUGUUGGCUAUGCAUUUGUCGAUCUCGCCACUGCCACCGAAGCUUCUGCCGCCAUUGAAGAGCUCUCUGGCAAGGAGAUCCUCUCGCGAAAGGUGUCGGUGCAGCUUGCUCGCAAGCCGGAGUUCACUGAGGCCAAGGAUGGUGCAAGUGGCGGCGAGGGAGCCAGCGGCACUGAGGGUCGCAAGCGCGCCGGCGGUCGGGGCCGAGGCCGUGGUCGUGCUCGUGGCCGUGGCGGACGUGCUUCUCACGGUCGCGAGAGCCAGGAAGAGACUGAUACCCCAGCUGUGGCUCAGGCUCCCCAGACAGAGACCGCUAAAGAGAGCGACGAUACUACCACCGAGGGAGCCAAGCAGGCCAAGCCCCGCGCUGCACGCCCUCAGAAGCAGCGUGGACCCCCUGAGGAUGGUAUUCCUUCUAAGACCAAGGUCAUGGUUGCUAACCUUCCCUACGACCUGACCGAGGACAAGCUUAAGGAGAUUUUCGCUGAGUACAACCCGGUUUCCGCCAAGGUCGCCCUUCGCCCAAUUCCCCGUUUCAUGAUCAAGAAACUCCAGGCCCGCAAUGAGCGUCGCAAGACCCGCGGUUUCGGUUUCGUCAGCAUGGCUACUGAAGAGCUCCAGGCCAAGGCCGUCAACGAGAUGAACGGCAAGGAGAUUGAAGGCCGCACCAUUGCCGUGAAGGUCGCUAUUGACAGCCCCGGCAAGGAGGACGAAGAAGUCAAAGAGGCCAGCGAGGAGUCAAAGCCCUCUACUGAGGAGAACACUGCUCCCGCCGUCGCUGCCGUUGAGGCUACCACCGUUGAGGCUUAA